CCCUCAGUUCUCAGUACUCUCAGCCAUCUCUCUCUCUCUCUCUCUCACACACACCCAUUGACUAGUGACUAGUGACCAGUGACCGCCAAUCGACCACCACAGUGAAGGCCUCCAUUCGAUUCUCUUCCUCCUCCGCCUCGGAAUAUAAAAGAUUAAAUCCUUCGAUUUCCUCCACCUCGAGAACGAUCAAACAACUUCAUCUUCACCACCAUUCCUCUCUCUUCUCUUUGAAUUUUGCAAUUUUUGAUUGCAUAUUUCAUUCAUUUUCGAUUAAUCGCAGAUUUUCAUCAUCUAUUUUUGUUUUCUCUGUGCCUCCUUCUCUUAUUAUUGUGCAUAUUUGUGGGUUCAGGUACUAUGGAUUCAUCAAGAAAAGUUAAGUCCCGGUACCCAAUUCAAGAUCCGCUCUUUCCAAGACAGUAUAGUCCAUAAAAUGUAAAGAAACCUCUGGGUUCUUUAAUUUGAUUCGAUUUUAUUUCAAAUUUAGGGUUUUUCUUUGUUAACGAUUUGCCCCAAUUCUGGGUUUCAUUCUUUUUGAGAAAAAGAAUGCAGCUUUUCUUUUGCUGAUUAACGUGUGUUUCUGGGUUUGAUUAGUAAUAGGAUUUAUAGUCUUGUUUCUUACUGGAGGGCCAGCUGGGGCAUUGAUUGUUGCUCCUAUGAGGAUGAAGCAGCCUGCCAUUGUAUUGAUGAUCUAGAGAAAAUGAAAAGGAUUUAUCAUUGUGCAGUGGAGGGGAAUGCUCUUAAGGCAAUUGAACUGACUAAACAGCUAGCGAAUGACUUACUGGAGAAAAAUAAAGACUUGCAUUUUGAUCUUCUCAGCCUUCACUUUGUUGAACUUGUUUGCUCUAGAAAUAAAGGGAGCACGGAUCAGCAUGCUGUAAAUCCGUUUAAGCUCAUUGGACUUGGAUUGUCAAUUUGGACUUUUGUUGUAACUGGUUGUGGUUUUUCAUUCAACUUCUUGUCUAUCUUAAUCUGCCACAUGCUAGUUGGUGUUGGUGAGGCUUCGUUUAUUAGUCUUGCAGCUCCGUUCAUUGAUGAUAAUGCCCCAGCUCUCAGGGAACACGAUCGGCUCUUUAUUCUAAUGAUCGAGAGUCGAUUACGGUUUCUGUGGAAGAAGUGACACCUAGAUCUGUAGGUGCUCUUAUAGCACUUUAUGAGAGAGCGGUUGGGAUUUAUGCCUCACUUGUCAACAUUAAUGCUUACCAUCAACCUGGGAGUAAGCAUCUUCUAGAGAUGAAUAGGAUUUUAAGGCCCGGGGGAUACUUUAUCUUGUCAACUAAACAUGACAGCUUUGAAGCUGAAGAAGGU